CUUUUUUUUUCAAAACAAAUCUAGGUUCGUCGUAACUUAUCGGUAGAUAAUUGAGAAAACCAAUUGCCGAAAGUCGUAUAGCUAUUAUAGAUACGUAUUUGUUUCUUCAUUUGCAAGCCUUAUUUAGAAAUUUUGUUUAUUAUGCCCGUUCGAAUAUAUCGAUGCCAGCUCCAACAUGACUUGAAAAAAAUAUAAUUAUGGAAGUACUCACAGCUGUCAAAUGUGUUGACGUAGUCAGGAAGCCUAAUAACCAUGAAGCUGUACCGAUUUAAAUAGCACCACCACUCAAUGGACUGGUAACUUACACUUUUAACUGAAGGAAGAGAGGUCUACUUUACUUGGUAACAUAUUAUGAAGUUAAAUAUAAAAUUAUGUAUUGUAAUUGGUAUUUUGUGUAUGAUAUGGGUGACGUUGGUGAAAUCAGACGUUCCCUGCGCGGCUCGGUCGGUCGCUAACAGGUCCGUGCUGUGUGUCUGCACCAAGGACUACUGCGAUACUGUCACCAGAGAUGUGCCAGUUACCGGGAAGUAUGUCUCCUAUGUGUCCUCUGAGGAUGGACAUCGGUUUAAUAAAAGUACUGCAGAUUUACAGUCUUUUGAUCCUACGUCCAGCAGUGCAACGUUAAUUUUAGACCCUGACACUAAAUACCAAACUAUAAAUGGUUUCGGUGGAGCCGUCACGGACUCGGCUGCUAUCAACUGGAAGAAUCUGUCAGACCCAACGCUAAUGCAGCACUUGAUAGACUCUUACUGCAGCGACUCGGGAAUCCAAUACAGCAUGUUACGUGUUCCUGUCGGUGGAACGGACUUCUCCAUUAGAGGGUACGCAUACAAUGAGCUGCCGGUCGACGACGCGUCGCUGUCUAACUUCACACUGUCUUACGAAGACUAUGAAUACAAGAUUCCGAUGAUCAAAGCUUGUAUGGCAGUUGCAAGUACUCCGGUACAGAUUGUGAGUGCGACCUGGUCUCCACCGCCGUGGAUGAAGACCAACAACGCCCUCCGAGGGUACAGCCGGCUAAAGAAGGAGUACCUUCAGACCUACGUGGACUACCAUUACAAGUUCAUGGAGAAGUAUGCCGCGGAGAAUAUUUCUGUUUGGAGUCUGUCUAUCUCCAACGAGCCCAUUGACGGUACAUCCGGGUACGACACCAUAAACACUUUAGGGUGGUCAUUAGACUAUAUGGCGGAAGUUGCACAACGCAUGGCCACCACAUUCCGUAACUCCACAUUCAAAGAUGUGAAGAUCCUGGCUGCUGAUGAUCAGCGUUACACUCUCCCUCUUUUUUGGACUACGUUAAUUGCUUCAUAUCCUGAAGUGGUGGAUUACUUCGACGGAGUUGCGAUUCAUUGGUACUUAAACAAGAUCAUUCCUGCUUCUUCUGUAACUGCCACUAUGAAAGACUAUCCGGACAAAUUUGUUAUCUCUACUGAAGCUUGUACUGGCGCCCAAGGACCGGAUACUGAUAAUGUAGAUCUAGGCUCUUGGUCAAGGGCUGAAGAAUACGUCGUUGAUAUUUUGGAGAACCUCAAUACUAAUUUGAUUGGGUGGAUCGACUGGAACUUAUGCCUGAACGGACACUUCUCCAAGUUCAUUCCUCGAGGCUCGCAGAGGAUCAAUGUGUCUGUGACGGGACAGACGAACAUACAGAAUGUGGCCUUCGUGACGCCCAGUGAUACUGUCAUUGUGGUGCUGUAUAAUGAUGGAGCAGAAACAAAAAUCAAAAUUACCUUAGGAGACAAAGAAGCUAGGAUUAAGGUUGAAGCUAAAUCAUUUACGACUAUCGAGAUGCAGAACCAAUAAGAACCGAACAAAUAAACGAUUCAGCCUUU